AUGAGCUCGACAAGCACUGGUCGGUGCCUCAGCACCGCACCUCGCAGCUACAGUGAAGCUCUCGGCCUCCUCUCGCAACUCUACUCCAACCGCCAAAUCACCCAUCUUUUUGAAAAGGCUCCCAGCUCAAGCUCUGCAAAUAAGCCGGCCGAGGACCUCAAUGCCUUGGCCAUCCCGGAAAUGCGCCAAUGGCUCCGCCGCGCAGGUUACGAGCCCAAGGAUCUCGCACGCCUAAGACAUAUACACGUCGCAGGCACAAAGGGGAAAGGCUCCGUGAGUGCUUUCGCCACAGGCAUGCUGCGACAAUAUGAAACAGUUGGGACAUAUACGAGCCCGCAUCUCGUCAGUCCUCGAGAGCGCAUUGCUAUACAGGGCGAGCCGGUCUCCCAGGGCCUGUUCGCUGAGGCCUUCUUCGAGUUGUGGGAGCGACUCUCCGAAAUAGCCAAGAAAGAAGGCAUGGGCACUGCAGAGGCUGAGGGACCAAACUCGAAACCGUUCUUCUUUCGUUUUAUGACCAUACUCGCAUGGCACAUCUUCCUGCGGGAAAAGGUUGAUAGUGUUGUUCUCGAAUGUGGAAUCGGUGGCGAAUACGAUGCCACCAACGUGGUGCCGCCUGAGGCUGUCUCGGUUGCCGUCUUGACGCAGCUGGGUAUCGAUCACGUUGCCAUGCUAGGAGAUACCGUCGAGAAGAUCUCCUGGCACAAGGCUGGUAUCUUCAAGCCCGGCGUGCGUGGUUUCGUCCGCAAGAUAGAGGAGAAGCCUAGCGUGAGGCGUGUCCUGCAAGAGAGAGCGGCGGAGAAAGGUGCCGAGCUCGUCGAGCUAGACGACGCCCUUGUUGAGCAAUGGGGAGGCGUGCCAGGCAGACUCCCCGGAAACUUUCAAAAGUACAACCAAGCACUUGCCGUGCUUGCUGUACGAGAACAUCUAGGUAUGGGAAGUGACCCCAAGACUGCCCUCCUAAACCUCCCAGACAAGAUGGUCCAAGGCCUGAAGGAAGCAAACAUUCGAGGCCGCUGCGAAGUCAUCCAGCAGGGUCACAUCGGAUGGCAUCUGGAUGGCGCGCACACCAAGGACAGCAUGCAAGAGGUUGCAAAGUGGAGAGAGACGCAGCUGAACUCUUGA